GUCGGCUAGGGCAGUCACGUCCCUUUACGAUUUAAAGAGGGAGACUGCGUGGAAACACAGUCCCGUGGCGUCAAUUCUCUUUCUCUUUCCCUAAUUGCGAUUUGCCAACACUCUAAGAAAUGGCAGCCGGCGGCGGCGUGUUCAUUUGCUGUUGCAGGGAGCUGAGGAGCGGGUUCCCGGAUCACCUGUGCGCGGGACUACGGGAAGCCGGACUGACGGCGGUGAUGGGAGGCGGAGAUCUGCCCAAAGGUGUGAACCUGAGGGACGCGAUCCGGUGCGCGAUCGAGGAUUCAACUUUCUCCGUCGUGAUUCUCAGCCCCGAAUUCGCUUCCUCGCAGUUCCGCCUCGACGAGCUCGUCCAGAUCAAGGAGCAGCACGCCGCCGGUACCCACGCCUGCUUGCCGGUCUUCUUCCAUAUCUCCCCCGACGACGACUGCGCCACUCUCGUCGUCGACUCCGGCUCCGGCGGCUGCUUCCACGACUGCUUUAACCGAUACAAAACCCAGUUCACUUACCGAAGGGUUCACGCCUGGAUCCAAGCAAUUGCUUGGCUUGCCGGCAUCUCCGGCUGGGUCCUCGCCGCCGGCCGGUCCGUAUCUAUCUAUCUAACUAUCCAUACUUGGCUUCGUUUUUAUUUGUUUCAAACAAUAUAAUCGGGUAUUAGUUUUGCCUAGGCAUCUAAUUUACUAGUAUGGGCACCAAAACCCGAGGGAGGCCCUAACUAAUAAUUGUUAGGAAUGAUGAAAAUUAGGGUUAUCGAUCUAGUCGCUCGCAAAUUCAGUCGCUUUCUUUUAAAACGUUCUCAACACUAUCUCGUAUUAUCCAUAAUAUGCUAUCAAUCGAUUUCUUAUAAGAUAUAACAACCACUUUCACAUUCUCUCGUAGUGCAAAAUCUCUAGAUUUAUUAGUACUCUCUUGCUAUUUGAGCUCACAAUUCGUGUGUCACAUUCUCUUGUAGUGCAAAAUCUCUAGAUUUAUUAGUACUCUCUUUCUAUUUGAGCUCACAAUUCGUGUGUUUAGAGGGUUUAGGAGGUCUAGUUUUUAUAGAAGGAAAAACCUCGUUAUUCUCUCUUUUGUGAGGGAGUAAGUCACACGUUUUAAGAGGAUAAUUGCUUCCCUUAAUUAAAAUGCACUCUCAUAAGAUAAUAAUUUUGAAUUAAAUAUUCUUCCUUAUUUUCGUUAUUGUUCAUUUAAUAUCUCCUAAAAGGAGUAUACUCAAGUCGAUUGAACCAACGCACUCAUUGUUCGCUCUCCCGUCCAGACAAACAUUAUGCGCACAUGUGUGGUUUGGAGCUCACUUAGGUCCUCCAUCUUACACAAAUGGGUAAGCAUUACAACUUUGGUGAAAGAAAUCUAUCUAUAUACACAUUUUACAAGGCUUCACUCACCAAUGUGGUAUUUCAAACUUCAUUAGCUUCCAAAUGCUAUUCAAUCCCAAUAAUCAAUCAUCCACUCUAAUACUUUUAAAACUUUUCAUUGAGAAUUAGCUGACAAUAUAAGAUCAAGUAUAAACUAAGCUAUCUUUUGAUUUGUACCUUACCGUAGUGGUAACAAUUCAGAUUCACUAAGAGUGGCUCGUAUACUUGAACUAUAUCUCUGAUAGUGUAGCACGUCUGAUCUAUUCAGUGUGUUAUUCUCUAAAAGCAUGUGUUAUGACUCUUCACAUCUACCCGGUUUAGUGAAUCUCUAGAAAAUUUUCCCAUUAAAAAAUUUCGUAGGAAGCGAGCCGAAUUCCACAUUCAACAUAGUUGAGUCUAUUAGAAGUACUCCCGAAGCUAUGCAAUUAACUUCACAUCGAGUAUAGAUAUCAUUAAGAGUUAUUAUUAUCUCAACCUCUUUUUGUUUCAAGAACCCAUGCUUUAAUAUGCAUGAUUUAUCUCAUAUUACAUACAACUUGUUAUUGAGCACUUCUACUAUACUAUAAAGCAUUGGUGCUUUAAUAUACAACUUAAAGUUGUACCAUAACGUUAAAUGUAUAAGUUCAGGUUGUACCAUAAAAGAAUUUGUACCCUUAUGUUAUAGUACAACUUUAAGUUGUACCAUCGCAUAAAUGUAUAAGUUCAAGUUGUACCAUAAAAGAAUUUUUAAAAAAAAGUUAGGUACAAUCUGAAGUUAUACCAUAACGUUAAAUGUACAACUUCAAAUUGUACCAUAAAGGGAAAAACCUAUAGCACCAAUACUCUAUAGCAUUGUAAUAUUCCUCCUUGUUAUUAUCCAUUGGACCCAUUUAUUGAGGUUUCCGGUCCAUGGGUAGGUUACCGUAGGUUACCAUCAUGUGUAAUUCAACGUUUUAUGACCAUAAGUCUCAUACUCUUAGCGGUAUUCUUGACUUUCUCUUUAGCUAAUCAUUUUCUUAAAGGAUCAGCAAGAUUCUAUUUAAAUCUUACAUGAUCCACCCUCAUUGCUCAUAUAUUUAGAGACUCUCUGACAUUACUCUACUUAUGACGAAUAUAUCACCAGAAUAAAAUAUGGUGACUAGGGGACCUUAGUUAUGUCACUAAGCCAAUCUCAGCUAUGUGAUAAUUUUAAUAUGAUGGUGGAAACCUAACGAUGUUCGUCCCGUUCAAUGAUUUUGUCAGGAGUUCCUAGGAUGAUUAAAGAAAUUAUAAACGA